GGAAGGAAUGACCAUAUGUUCCUAACCACUGUUUCUGCUCCCGGUUCUAAGGCCACAUCUGUCAUUACACCUGACACCACAGCUAACCCCACACCUGCUGCUGAAGUAUCCACUCGUCGACUCCACUUUCGGGACUGCAGUGAGGUAUAUAAAGGAGCCUCCUACCUGAUGGUUCAUCAUUCACUUGCAGACAGUGCAAGCGUCAACACACUUAACAGACACUGCGGGGACUCUUCACUAAUAUUCCUCGACAUGAUCAUCAAGGCUUACCUGGUGGCCGCAGUGGUGGGCGUGGUGUGUGCUGGGCCCAUGCCCAACCCAGUGGACCGCCCCUAUUCUCCACCCCCUCCUUCAUACCCCCCCGCAUACCCACAGGAGGAAGAGCCACCUAAGCCAUACUCCUUCGAAUACGGGGUGAAGGAUGGUUACUCCGGCGCCAACUUCGGUCACAACGAGAACUCCGACGGAAAGGCGGUGUCGGGUUCCUACCAGGUGGAUCUUCCCGACGGUCGCAAGCAGAUUGUAUCGUACGUCGCAGAUCACCACAACGGCUUCCAGGCCCAAGUCCAGUAUGAGGGUGAAGCCCAGUACCCAGAAUCUCCUGUGCACCAGCCAGCCUACCCUGCACCUUCACCAUAUGCACCGGCACCUUCAUACCCAUCUCAACUAUUUAGAACUAACGAGAUCCCGGCACACGAGCCCUACCCGAAGCAAUUGUCGAGGAGAAUGUUCCUCUUGAAUAUAAUUAAGUAUGCAGUUCCUUACCAACGUAUCGCCAUGAACCGCAGAUACCUGCAAUGAUUACCUGCUACCUCAGGUUCUAUGACUUACAUUUGUUUUCAUAUGUUAAGUAAUUCGGCUUACCCCCAGGCCUCGAAAGGGACGGAGGGAGGGUAGUACCCAGCUUUCCAUGCCCAAGACGAUCACAUCCAAGGUGUCAGCCGGGGUCAGUUUAACCCUCUCCCCAGCGUGUUCGCGGGUCGUACUCGCUGUCGUCGCUUUACCGUGUGCCAUUUUCGCACUUUUCGCCUCUAAUAUA